AUGAAUAAUAGUCAAAGUGUGUCGCAAAGCUCUGAUAUAUUUUCACAGGCUAGUUAUGACUGUAACAUUGAACAAGAGAACCUUCAAAUGGAUAGCACCUGUUAUGAAACACUAUUGUCACGAUUAAAAACGUCUAUGAAUAAAAACGAUAAACAGAUCACUAUAGAAGAUUUUAAUAAAGUUAUUCAUGAUUGCAGGAGCUGUAUUGAGCAGUGUUUAAACUUAGUAAUACAAGAGUUAGAAGACUCUACAAAUUUUAAAACAUGUUAUUUCUUGGAAAAUGCAAUAUCUAUACUACAAAUGCUGUCGAAUUUUAUUAAAAGAGUUUUAGAACUGAUUCCAUUGUUUUGCUGUAAUGUCAAAAGUUUUCCAAUUAUCACGGGAGAGAUUAUUCUUUUUGUCUUCAACCACUGUAAGAACAGUGAGUAUAUUUAUGGAGCAAAUAUAAGUAUAGCGGAACAACAACUAAAGGAUAUCUUUAGAGCUUGUCACGAAUUGCAGCUCACAUAUCUGAUGACAAUGGAAAAAUAUUACACAUUCAAUUUGAAUGAAAGAGAGGAAUUUGAUGUGCUGUUGGAAGCACUCGAUAUAAACCUAAGAAUAUGUGACGUAGUUCAGAGCUUGGAUAUUAAAACAAUGGCAGAACAGUGGAAAUCCUAUACAAGCAUAUGUGAAAAAUAUUCAAAAGACCUACAAGACAAGGAUGUGUACAGCAAAUGUAUUAGGCAGUUGAGUGGAAUGGUAAAAAGCAACUUGAAGUUGGUAUUGGAUAUGCCAACAGCUAGCGGAAUGGAGAAAGUUGUUUUAAGACAUGUGAAGGUUGCCAGUUUCGGGAUUAAAAUAUCAUCAAAAAUGUCCAAUAUAUUUAAAACUGGGAAAAACGAUUAUGAUGUGAUUGUAGAUUUAUUAAUUCAUUUGUACAUCUACAACAAUUCUUACAUGGAGUUAUUUAUGGGAACAUCCUCAAAAGUAAUAAGUCUUAUUCAAGAAAAUGUUGCUCUCGCUCUGCAGUCUCUAGUCGCUGUACUUGUGAAUGAUAAUAUCUUUUUAAAUCAUAUAACUUCAUUAAAGGGAACAUACACAGAUGAAAGAUAUGUUGGUUAUAUGUUGCUUCUGACGUCCAUAAUGCGAAUAAUAUUACUCAAUAAUGUCAAAAUUUCGGGGGAUAUUAAAUUACGGAUAAUUGAACGGAUUUUUAACUAUUUACCAAAUGGUCAUACAUGGUUUAAUGUGGGUUUAACGUUUAAAAGUGAAUUAAAAGGCGGUUAUUACAAGUAUUUUGGAUUUCUAGAACACCUAUUGAUAGUGGUGCAUGCUCUUGCAAGGACUUUAAAUUGUGAGGAAUAUUCAGUUCUUGAGAGAAUAAUGUAUUUAAGUUUGUUACACACGGAUUGCUUAAAAGCGUUGUUUGCUGUUGAUUUAUGGGUGUUGUUGAUGAGAUCAAAUGACCCAAGGCUAAUAGCAAAUACGACCUUAUCAUUAUUAAAAGUUUAUCAAAAGUUAAAUAAAAGCAGAACAUUCCAGAUGUCCCCCCAAAAAGUGUUUCUGAUUUACGCAAUAAGGAAUCUAUUCAAACUAUGCGCUGUUCAAGAUAAAGUACUGAUAUUUGGGAAAUUAAGCCUCCUUGAUACCUUGGAUGUGUGGAUUGGAAUGGAAGCAAAGGAAUUAAUCGUUCUGCAGAGGAGAGAGGAGGAUAAGUGCAUAGGCGGUGUCCUAAAUAAUAUGGUCCAUGGAAUUAUGGGCAAGGAUAAGGUGGAGAGUAUGGCGGAUCACCCGUUCGAGUUUCUCGUGAAAGCGUGGCAGAAGGUUUGCCCGUGCAAGUUUGAUGCUAAUAUUUCUGAAUUUGCCUACCUUUGUGUUGAAAGAAUUACUGCACUGACCAAUUCCGUGCUAGGUGUCAUUUCCAAGGAGUAUGUGAUUAAGAUCCACAAUGUCAUAGCGAAUAUAUUGAAAAGCGGCAACGAAAAGCUUAUAUAUAUACUUUUUCCAAUAUUUUGCAAAUUUUACGAAUCACAUUUAAACAUUAACGACGCACAAAAAGUCCUAAGCGACACUUUAAUCUGUUUAAUUAAUAUCAACGACGAUAUUCGACAUCAUAUAUUUGUAACUCUCAAUAGAAAUAAGAUCGACAAACUACUGCAAUUUAUUGAAACAAAUUCAUCGUUACUGAAUUAUUUUUCAAAAUAUAAUUAUAUGCUUGAUUUUAGUGCUGUAGAAUUUAAAAAACAAUUAGAUACAAUGGGAAGUGUAUGCUUUUCUCACGAAUGUCUAAGUGCACAUAGAAAUAAUUCUACAGUAGAAACCACUAAGUCACACAGUAACUUCGAUCUAAACAUCGAUUCUCUGUUUGACGAUCCGGAAAGUGAACCUUGUCCCAAAAAAGUAAAGCUCAACGAACAUGAAGAUGUGUUGGAGAAGCUGGAGGAAAGCGCAUCGCGUUUGUGCAAUGUUAAACACGAUUUGAGUGAUGAACAAAAGUUGAGAAUAACGAAUGUUUGUACCAAGUUGAAAGAUAUAGUUGAAUAA